AUGGAUCACCGCUCCCCCCCCUUGGCCCGCUCUUCCCCCUUAGCAAGGAGGAGCCAGUCCGACCUUAGCAGCCCCGGCCAGAACCAACAACGCAGCUUCCUCUCGAGAUUCCUGGACGAGCCCCGCAACAGCGAGUACUCGCACCGCGACGCCCUGGCCGCCGCGCGCGCCGAGCACGAGCGCGUCCGCGAGACGGCCGUCCGCGUCUAUCAUCUUUACGAACUUCAGGAGGAGCGCAAUCGCAUCGCCGAGGAGGAGAGGAAGGAGCGCGAGAGGCUCAGGGCCGAGGCCGAAAUCGCCGCCGAGGAAAGGAGGCUGCAGGAGCUCAGGGCCAAGUCCAUACCCAAGCCCGCCCCCUUACCUCCGCCUCCUGCGUCUCCCGCACCCGCUCCCACCAGCACUACACCUUCUACCACUCCUGCCCAUGCUCCCUCGUUGAAACUCGAGACGAAAGCAGAAGCCCCUUCUCCCGCUGCUCCUUCCGUCGCUACUCCCCAACCCGCGUCGUCGCUCCUCGACAACAAGACACCUCAGCAGCAGCAGCAGCAGCAGCAGCAGCAGCAAAGCGAACCGUCCUCGGCACCACCAAAACAGCCCGAAGCUCCAAAGACACCAUUUUCUCUGCUCAAUGGCACGACUCCCGCUCCCGUACCGACACCGGCACCGGCACCGGCAGCCAAACCAGCAGCACCGGUACCGACCCCCGGUCCCCCGAAAGAGCAGCAGCCCAUACGCAGUCGGACGGCCGAACGGUAUCUCCAGAUCCACCAGGAACUCAAGAAGCUCCGUAAGAACAUCGUCACCGAGUCCAAGGUCCCCGGGUCCCCUAUGAAGGGCAAGCUGGGCACAUUCCGUCGGGAGAUUCGCGUGGCGAUAGGACAGCUGACGACUGGCAAGGGGGCUAAUACGCAACCGAUCAACAAAAUCACCGACAUUCUCCGCGAGGCAGUACAGAACAAGGUGGCCAGCCCGCCCAUCGACCCCCGGCCAUUCAUGCUGGAAGAGCCGGCGAGCAAGGGCGGCGAGGCGGCCACGAUGCCGGCCCUGUUUAUCUAUCUCCUCAACGUGUGCGCCAAAGGCAUAGUCAACCAGUUCAUCAACGAGGGCGGGGCGAACCCCAAGUCGACCGACCCCGUGGGCGUCUUCGCGGCGCACAUCUUCUCGCACAAGGAGUUCCAGUGGCGCGGCGCGCCGCUCGUCGACAUCCUCAUGGCCAAGAUGCGCGUCUCGUGCCCCGUGCUGUUCGGCGUGCGGGCCGACGACAAGACCCACCGCGGCCGCGCAGCCCUGGGCUGGAAGAAGGACGGGCCGGCCUGGGUGUCGGAGCAGAGCCACAACGACCGCAUGACGGGCCUGGGCGCUGGGUUCGCCUCCCUCUCCCUCCGCGACUUCAGCAAGUCGUCCAAGUCGAACCCCUACCCGCCCACUCACUACUGGAUGGCCCUAGCCGCCAUCGUCAACACCCCCGCAGGCCAGGCAUCGAAUACCCAGUGCGCCGUGCUGCGCGCCAUGAUCGACGGCCACCACCAGCGCUUCCUCAACUUCUACGGAAACGCCGCCCUGGCCGCCCUGCGCCUCGCUCUCGUCGACUUCCCCAACAAGGCGCCUGAGAGUUCCCCUGCUGCCGGCUCCUUGCGUGCGCUGACAGAGGUGCUGCGUGGUGAGGGGCUCUUGUUAUCAUAG